GCAGGUACAGAUUCGGCGGCCUACUGUUUCCGGCUCGCAGGGCAGCUCCUCUGGGAAGCGCAGUUUCGUCCGGAAGGGGACACAGUUUGUGCACAAGCAGGAUUUGCCGGCCAUGGAUGCAAUGGUGCAUUUUCAGGAUGAGAAGGACGACGAAGUAGAGGUGACAAAAGGUACUGAAGAAGGGCUUGUUCAGAUAAAGAGGACCCUCGGAGGUCUUGUGACGCCGUGUAGAAGUUUUUCUGUCAGAUGAACUACAAUGAUGUCUUGUGAACUACAAUAAUAAAAAGUAAAAGUCACUAUCUUCACUAUCACGACCUACACCUCAGAUGCAGACACGAGCGGCGACGGAAAAAACGGCAAAAACGGAGAAAAAAAUGCCACGACGUUAUCGUCCCGCAAGCCGCGGGUGACGCUGCAAAGGCAAGGCACGGCGUUCGCGCGCUUUACGCCGGGGAAGAUGAACAAGGGGGAUAAAAAGCAGGAUGGCAGCACGAAC